AUGUCUUCGCCGCUCAAGCGGAGCGCUUCUUCUCCAAGCUCAUCGAGAAAGAGGGGUGAUAGAGUACAAGAAGAACGAAGGACAAAGAAGGAAGAAAGCAGAAAUUAUGGGUUACUUGAUGAGACAACUGACUUAAGGUACCCUCAGUAUAUGGGAGCAAGAAUCCUCAAUGAAUUCAUCAAGACUGAUGCAUAUAGAAUGGAAGUUAUACAAAUGCCUCCUAUGGCUGUCACAAGUUCUUCCUGA